CACAAAUUUGUAUUUUUAAUUUUUUUUUUUUUUACAUUCCUCUUAUCUUUGUUUUUUUGUGAAAUAAUGGAUAAUUUAACCUGUUUCGGCUUUAAACACAGUCUAAAUAAAAGCAUGUGAGAAGUUAAGAGGGGAAAUGUCUGUUUGGUGGAACUGCUUACAACUCAGAGACAGCCUAUAAACAGCUUUUUUGUAAGUGGUCAUAAACCAAAAAGGUUGGGAACCACUGGUUUAAUCUUUAACUGUGUGUUGUAUUUCAUGAGUUUAUAUGUUUUCAAAUGUAAAAUCUUUAAUCUGAAAAGUGUUUGCUGCCAAAUAAAAUUUGUGGAAUGAAAAGUAAAUCUAUCUAUGCUCUAUUCUAGUCUAAUACUGUAUAUUACUACACUACAUACUGUGGGAUAUAUGUCAUUUAUAGUUGUACUAUGCUUUUGUUAUUUUAUUAUGCAAUAUGGAAAAAAUGACCGGCAAGUUCCAGUAUGCACAAAUAAUAUUUCCCGCCAGUCUUAUACAUUUUUAUUUCUGUGCUCCCUUGAAACAUUCUGCAUGUCUAACCAGGUUUUUUUCAUACUUUUUUCAGCCAGUCUGGGAAAAUAAGACGAAGCAGGGUAAAGUUCCAGUAUGUCAUCGCGUCUGUUAUUUCUGAUGGCAUCACCGGCCGCUGAUUGGCCGCCCCGCCUGCGACUUGCAGAGGUGGAGAGGGGCGUGAACGUGUGUCCGGGCGCGCUAUAUGUACGGCUGUGCGGCUCUCCGGGAUCAGGGAGAAGCGCUCAAGCGAGGCGAGAAGCAACUUCGACAACAACCAGCCAGAGCCUUGGACAUUAUAUACACAGCCUACUACCGCAGCAGAGAACAGGAGCGGACCCAGGCGGACUCCAUACAGUUUAUUACAGUAGCAGCAGACAGCACUUGGAGUUUGGAAAAAUGCAGUCAGUGUACCAGCACCUGAUCAGCCUGCUGUUUGUCUUCAGCAGCCUGCAGGUUAACCAGCUGACGGAGGGCUGCUCGUGCGCUCUGACGCACCCGCAAGACGCCUUCUGCAACUCCGACAUCGUGAUCCGUGCUAAAGUGGUGGGCAAGAAGCUCCUGAGAGAUGGACCUUUUGGAACGAUGCGCUACACAGUCAAGCAAAUGAAGAUGUACAAAGGAUUUGAGAAAGUCCAGCAUGUGCAGCACAUUUACACAGACGCCUCUGAGAGUUUGUGCGGCGUCAAGUUUGACAUCAACAAGUACCAGUACCUGAUCACAGGGCGAGUGUACGAUGACAAGGUCUACACAGGGCUGUGCAACUUCAACGAGCGGUGGGAGCGCCUUUCAUUGGCCCAGAAGAAAGGCAUCAACCACCGCUACCAGCUGGGCUGCAACUGCAGGAUUAAGCCCUGCCACUACCUGCCCUGCUUCGUGACCUCAAAGAACGAGUGCCUAUGGACGGACAUGCUGUCCCACUUCGGCUAUCCCGGCUACCAGUCCCGGCACUACGCCUGCAUCCAGCAGAAGGAGGGCUACUGCAGCUGGUACCGGGGAUUGGCCGCCCGCGACAAAACCACCAUCAACGCCACCGACCCCUGAACCCGAACGCACCCUGCCCGAAACCCACUGCCGCCCUUUUGACUCCGUCUCGUCCCUGAUCACUUCUAGAGUAUUACAGGACUCUUAAAGCUCACUGGCCUGGGUGACUGUCCCUUUUAAAGGAGCAAAAAAAGAGAAAAGAACAAAUCCAUUACAGUGCCUGUUUCGUAGCACUUCUGAUAGAAAACAAUACCUUUUUUUUGUUGUACAGAUUGCCCAGUUGAAGUCUAUGAUGUUUUUCCCAAACCAUGAAUUGCACCGAACUGUCUCUUUAGGGUUCAGUAGUAAUGAAAAGGCGACAAAGACAGAGAUUUAAAGGGCCAAUAAGAACAGUAUGACCUUGAUCAACAUCUAUUGAUCAAUAGAACUAAUCUCAGUAGGUAUCAAAAUUUGUGCAAAAUUUUUACUUAUUGCCCCUUUGAAAAAGCAAGGAUUCUCAUAACAAAGUGAUGAAGAAUCACAUGAAUUUCAAUCUGAAAAAAAGUGCAGUCAACAGUAUUCACUAUGUAAAUUUGAGAUCCAAAGUUAUAACAUUGUUGCUACAGAACUGCACUUGUGAAACAUGCGAUUCCUGCAGUUCUGCACAUCAGCAAUGUAGAACAGAGACAAGAAUCUUAACGAGAACACAGAUCGAGUGCCAAUGUGAGGUAUGAUCUCUAAAAAUUAUACCUCUUUAUUUCGGCUACAAAGCGAUUUUGAAAAUGGUAUUGUUUCACAGUGAAGUAUACAUCGAUUAUGUUCACAGUUUUUACUGUAACACGUGUCUUUAUGGAUGGUAGUAUCUCUACUUCCCUGAAUGUUUGUAGUUUAACUAUUUUUGCAGUUAUAUCGCAAACAACACCCUUUCUGUUGAGCACUGAUGAAUAUCAGAGAAAUGUUAAAAAUGUAUAUUACAGUGCCAACACAGGGAAGAGCUCAUGUUUUGCAGAGAUGGUGAUAUUUUAUUUUUUGUUGUACAUAACAUAAGCUACAGAAAUGAACUAUCAACUCAGCUGAGACCUCUGUCCUAUCUUUAUUUAUCUGUUUAUUGGAUCAAACAAUAGAUGUGCAGUAUAUUUACCCCUCCCCCACCCUCCCCCCCAAAGAAAAAAAAUUACAGGCCGCAUCCUGUGCAACCGUCCAGAAUGAAGAACCAGCAACUGCAAGUUAAAUAUUAUGGUACUUCUUUUUUUUUUUAGCUUGAUCAUAGUUCAGCUGACUGGUACUCCACCAAUCCAAUGAAAGUACAAUACAAGCAGAGGUUUCAGACAGUGAGAUAUUUUUUACGUGUAUAUUCAAUUUUUUGUAUUUAACUAUUUGAAAUGGACAUAUAUAUAUAUAUAUAUAUAUAUAUAUAUAUAUAUAUAUAUAUAUAUGGAAGUAACAAUAUUGUCACUAAAUUCAUUCUUCCUCACCUGUUUUAUUUCUUAUUUCUUCCCAGUACAGUAUCUUCAGUUCAUUCCAUUAAUAGACACAGAUUUGCCUCAAAUGGAGUUAACAGGCCUUUUAUUACUCACACUAAAAGAAUAUUACAUCGCUAACGCGUACAGCACUGAGGAUACAAACUUUAGCUUUCACCAAGCAGGUUUGUGAAGGCCAACAGGUGAUAAUUAUUAGGUCUUAUAGAAAUAAUUUGACAUUUUGGGAAAUGUACCUAUUCCCUUUCUUGCCAAGAGUUAAAUUUUUCCAUUUCCAUUCCAAAAUGACAAAAAUUCUGUGUUUUCCCUCUGUUUUUGUUUGUAAGAAUUCCAUUUAGACCCUCAUGGGACACUGAAACUCUCACUGUAGUCAGAUGAGAGGAGGAAGACAGCAAUUGGCUUUUAUCUGAUACUCAAGAAAAUGUCAAAAUGCCUGAUCAUUUCAUAGUAAUGUAAUUUCAGUGACUUUAAUCUACCCUAUUUAAUUAAAUGCCAAAGCUGAGAAAUUAAUAAAAGUAUGCAGCUUUCAGCAAAAGAUGCCUCAAUCCAUCUUAGUUUUUAACUCUUUAAUGCUCAAAUGUUUGGUUUUUUCAAGUUAACUUAUUAUUUUUUUCUCUCUUCAGUCUGUUGGCCUCUUAAUUUUGAAUAUUGGUUUUGAGAUGCAACAUACAGAAAGUCAUGAUGAGGCAUCAUUAUGUUUU